CUUCCUUCUUCCCUAUUCACCUCCCUGAACUUUUCUCAAGAAAUAGCUUAAAUGCUAAGCUACCCCUGCCUCCUAGCCUGAAGAGAAAUCAAGCUUCGAAAUCUCUUCUACUUGUGACACAGAAAGAGGGGAAGAAAACAACCAUGACUUCCACAAACACCCAGAUCAUCUCUUAUUCUCCUUCUUCUUCUUCUAAACCAACCCAUCAAUUCACUUAUGAAGUCUUCUUGAGUUUCAGAGGAGAAGACACCCGCCAUGGUUUCACAGAUCAUCUUUAUGAGGCUUUGAUUUCCAGUGGAAUUCGCACCUUUAGAGAUGAUGAAGAACUGGAGAGAGGAGGAGUAAUUGCAUCUGACCUGCUGAAAGCUAUUGAAGAAUCAAAGAUUUUUGUGAUCAUUUUUUCGGAAAACUAUGCUGCCUCUAGGUGGUGUCUAGAUGAACUCGUGAAGAUCAGUGAGUGUGGGGCAACCGAGGGGCGACUGAUUCUGCCAAUUUUCUAUCAUGUGGAUCCAUCCCAUGUGCGGAAGCAAAGCGGGAGUUAUGAAAAGGCAUUUGUUGAUCACGAAAAGGAAGCAGAUGAGGAGAAAAGGGAGAAGAUUCAAAAGUGGAGAAGUGCCUUGGCAAAAGUUGGCAAUCUUGCUGGAUAUGAUCUACAAAAAUAUCAGGAACGAAAGCAGUUGAAGCGAUAUUUCUAGACAUGCGUACAUCAAGAGAGAUCUCAUUUACUACUGAAGCUUUCAAAAGGAUGGAGAGACUUAGAUUAUUAAAAAUUUACUGGAGUUGGGGUUUUCUUGAUUAUAUGGGAAAACGGUGUCAAAAGCUCCUCCUUCCUGAAGACUUUCAAUUUCCUUCAUAUUAUUUAAGAUAUCUUC